UCAUUAUUAUUCGCGUCUGCCCCAAAAGAAGAACCGUCAACCUGUCACUGGGGCCCAUAAUCUCCACCUCGCCAACUUUAAACUAUAAAAAAAUUCAAUCUCUCUCUCUCUCUCUCUCUCUCUCUCUUUCUCUCUAACUCUGUAGCAACAACGAAGAAGAAGGAAGGAGGAGGAAGACGAAGAUGGGUGUUUUGACAACAGGAAUGGGCGGCGAUUCACUGAGCCUCAGAGCAGCCAUGAUGAGAGAGUCACUGCAAAAGAGCCAAACCAUCACUGACAGCGUCGUCUCCAUUCUCGGCUCCUUUGACCACCGCCUCUCCGCCCUUGAAACCGCCAUGCGUCCUACCCAGAUUAGAACGCACUCUAUCCGGAAAGCACAUGAGAACAUUGAUAAGACCUUGAAGGCUGCUGAGGUUAUACUGGCACAAUUCGAUCUUUCUCGCCAGGCUGAGUCCAAAAUCCUUAGAGGGCCACGUGAGGACUUGGAAAGUUAUCUAGAAGCAAUUGAUCAGCUAAGAAGCAAUAUACGGUUCUUUAGUAGCAACAAAGGCUUUAAGAGUAGUGAUGGAGUUCUCAGUCAAGCAAAUAGUUUGCUUGCUAAAGCUAUUUCAAAGCUUGAAGAUGAGUUCAAGCAGCUGCUGUUGUCUUACAGCAAACCUGUGGAGCCUGAACGCCUUUUUGAUUGCCUCCCAAACUCGUUGCGGCCAUCCUCAGGGUCUCCUGGUGAUUACAGUGGCAAGAAUCCAUCCAAUAAUCAUGCUGAACACCACAACAAUAGCUUAGAAAAUGCUGUUUACACACCUCCUACUCUAAUACCACCACGGGUUCUUCCAUUGUUACAUGAUUUAGCCCAGCAAAUGUUUCAAGCUGGUCACCAACAGCAGUUGCUAAUAAUUUACAGGGAUACUCGUUCGUCAGUUUUGGAAGAAAGCCUUCACAAAUUGGGGGUCGAAAAACUUAGCAAGGAUGAUGUUCAGAAAAUGCAAUGGGAGAUUUUGGAGGCCAAGAUUGGGAACUGGAUUCAUUACAUGCGUAUAGCUGUCAAAUUACUGUUUGCUGGUGAACGGAAAGUUUGUGAUCAAAUGUUUGAAGCCUUUGAUUCUCUCGGUGACCAAUGUUUUGCUGAAGUUACCAGAAGUAGUGUCUCAGUUCUACUUAGUUUUGGAGAGGCAAUUGCUAACAGCAAGAGAUCCCCGGAAAAGUUAUUUGUACUUUUAGACAUGUACGAGAUAAUGCGGGAGCUGCACUCUGAGAUUGAAACGAUCUUCAUAGGUAAAGCUUGUGCUGAAAUUAGAGAAUCAGCGUCAAGCUUGACAAAACGGCUUGCCCAGACCGCGAAAAAGACCUUCGGUGAUUUUGAAGAAGCAGUUGAAAGGGAUGCAACGAAAACUGCUGUAUCUGAUGGCACCGUCCAUCCUUUGACAAGCUAUGUGAUCAACUAUGUGAAGUUUCUUUUUGAUUACCAAUCAACCUUGAAGCAACUUUUUAAAGAAUUUGAAAAUGGAGAUGAAGGUGGUUCACAAUUAGCCUCUGUCACUAUGCAAAUAAUGCAGGCUCUUCAGACCAAUUUGGAUGGGAAAUCUAAGCAGUAUAGAGAUCCUUCUUUAACUCACCUAUUUCUCAUGAACAAUAUUCAUUAUAUGGUCAGAUCGGUGCGCAGAUCUGAAGCCAAAGAUUUGUUAGGGGAUGAUUGGGUGCAAAGACACCGGAGGAUUGUGCAGCAGCAUGCAAAUCAAUACAAAAGAAAUGCUUGGGGGAAGAUUCUGCAGUGCCUCUCCAUUCAAGGCUUGACCUCAUCUGGUGGUGGUAGUUCAGUAGCUGGUGAUGGAGGAAGCAGUGGAGUUUCACGAGCAAUUGUUAAAGAUAGGUUCAAGACGUUCAAUAUGCAAUUUGAGGAGCUUCAUCAAAAACAAUCUCAGUGGACAGUUCCUGAUACUGAGUUGCGAGAGUCACUGAGACUUGCAGUAGCUGAAGUCUUAUUGCCUGCCUACAGAUCUUUCAUAAAACGUUAUGGGCCUCUAGUUGAGAGUGGGAAGAACCCCCAAAAGUAUAUCAGAUACGCAGCAGAGGAUCUUGAACGAAUGCUGGGUGAAUUCUUCGAGGGCAAGAACGUGAAUGAACCCAAGCGGUAGUUUUGCCCUGUCGUGCUCUCUCUCUCUCUCUCUCUCUCUCUCUCUCUCUCUCUGUGUGAUUAUUAACCCAAUGAUGUGUACGAUCGGCUCUGGUAUCGUAUGGACUGUUCGUUGCCCUUGCCGGGGGGGUUAGAGGCUAAAUCCCUGCAUGCAUGGUCUCAAAGUAUUUCUGUUUAGGUGGUAAUGAGCUCAGCAUCUCUCAGUCUUCUAGUUGCUGGAAUGGCUUGGGAAAAAGAAAAUAAAGAUCAGUAGAUUUUGGUUUGGUGUUAAAUGACAUACUGAAUAAGAGUAGAUGUCUAUCUUUGCACAUAUGCUUGUGUAGUCCCUGCCUUCAUGGCCUGCCGGUUUUCCGAGUUUAUAUUUGUAAUUUGAUACAAGUGGGUAGUCCUAGCGAAGCUGUUGCAGCCUGAAGUAGGGUUUUCAAUUUUAUCAAUUCAUUAUAAAAUGUAUUUUUUAAA